AUGAAUACAUUGGACACCGAAACACGGGAUAGACUGGAAAAACAGUGGCACGAGUUGACCACUACUGGCCUCCAGACUCCCGGUGUGACUCACGAUAGGCCAAACCCGUUGCUAUCGGCGCCCGAUUGGUACGAUAGGCACCGGUAUCGUAGGGCUCAGCAAUUGUCGCGCAAAUAUUUUCUCAGUUUAAAUUUAGCCCAUUUUAUUGGCAACAUAUUGCUCAUACAUUUACCGCAAGUAAUCGUACCCAUACUGGCCACUGGCCGUUCAUCGACACCGUAUAUGGUAUUUUUGCGUAUACUAUCCACUACUGUACACGUCCUGAAAUGGUAUGAGGACGACCCGUUUGACCCCAAUAGCCGAUCGCACCGGUCCCUGAUGCAGGUGCGCAACACGUGUCAUAUGGCUGUUACACGACUGAUGAACCAGAAAUAUCCGCAAUCGGAUGGCCAGCUAUGGCUGAAUCAGUUUGAUAUGGCUAUGACCCAGUGGUCGCUGAUAGGACUAGUAGGUAUUAGACCUAAACAGUGUGGGUUUCAUUCAACCAAUCGCCAGGAAUUUGUUGAAUACAUGUAUUUUUGGAAAGUUAUCGGCUAUUGUAUGGGUAUUGAGGAUAGGUUUAACAUUUGUCAGGACAAUACGUAUGAGGAAUCGGUAGCCUAUUUUGAUAUAUGUUUCAAACGAUGCUAUAAGAGACAUAUGGAUGAACAGUGUCCGAAAGUAUUGAUGGGAAUGGCGCUGACGGAGGGCGUGUUUUUAGGACUCAAUGGAGUUAUGCCUAAAUGGUUGUUCAGUUACGAAGGUUUUAUGAAGUACUGGUACGAAGCACUGGGAGUUCGCAAACAUCCGAUCCAAUUGCUAACACUUUCCCAACGCUUAUCCUAUUUUAUGAUGUGUUUAACAAUGGAUUAUCUAUUGAAAGUGUCGCUUAUCUAUACAGUAAUAUCUAAACUAUUUUUCUAUUAUCAAAACACAUUAUUUGAUAAAAUAUCGAUAGUUAAGUCAUAUACUGAUAGAUAUUAUGGUGACGUCUACUACCAAUGA